GUGGCGAAGUGGAAAAAAGCAGAAACAUCGGCGAUUCGAGUGUCACUUGAUAGUUGGCAGGCGGAUACGAGUGCUGAUUUUUUUUUUUAUUCACUAUAAACAUAUCCAACAUAUUGUGAUUCGUAAAUAUUUAUUUCAAAUUAGUGGUUUCACCUGACAGUACCAUGGGUUGUUUGUUUUCGAAGAAAUCCAAAAGGAAACAAGAGAAGGAUCAGAGCACUAAUGCCACCGGCGCGAUCAGCGAGGAGGCACCCAAGCAAUACAGCUGGGACAAACGAGAAAAGGUUGACCCCAAAGAUUACAUGCUGAAUGGACUAAAGGAUCAGACUGCAGGUCGUCUGCCAGGUACACUCAAUGGACAGCAGUUUGUAAUUCAGGAAUGCGAAAAUUGCAACAUUUUCAUCUUUGAUCACUCCGCCACAAUCACCAUUGAUGACUGUAUUAAUUGUACCAUAUUCCUUGGUCCAGUUAAAGGUAGUGUGUUUUUCCGUGACUGCAAAGACUGCAAGUGCAUAGUGGCUUGCCAGCAGUUCCGCACAAGGGACUGCAAGAAAAUGGACAUAUUUCUGAGUUGUGCUACCCAGCCAAUUAUUGAGUCCUCUACUGGCAUGAAGUUUGGCUGUUUUCAGUACUAUUACCCGGAGCUUGGCUUUCAGUUUAAAGAUGCAGGCUUGAGCAUUUUUAACAACAACUGGAGUAAUAUUCAUGACUUUACUCCUGUGUCUGGGGAAACCAAUUGGAGUUUACUGCCAGAGGAUGCAUUAGUGGAGGAUUUUGUUGCGCCACCCAGUACAGACGAGUUCAAGGGGGUGAGGGUGUCAACUGAUCGCAGUAGAAGCAUUGUUCCAAUCUCCCAUGGACAAAGACGUAAAAACAGUGAAGAAUCUUGUCUGUUCAUAUUUUUUGCUGGAGACUAUACCAUAGCUAAUGCAAGAAAACUAAUUGAUGAGAUGAUUAAGAAAAACUUCACACUGGUGCAAACAAAGGAAGUGUCAAUGCGCCCAGAAGAUGCAAGCAGAGUAUUUCAGCAGAAUGUGGAGGAGUUCUCCAGCUUAAUUGAGAAAGGUCCAGUAGUUGCCCUUGAAUUUAAUGGAGAUGGGGCAGUGGAAGCAUGUCAUAGUCUGGCAAAUGAUAUUUUUAACGGAACCAAGGUAUUUUUGUCUGAAAGCAAAGCAUCAGCAGCAAAAGACGUGGACAACUUCUUUAAUUUUGCAGACAUGCAAAUGGGAUUGUAACAGAAAAGAAUGACAGAGAAUGCAUCAUCUCAAAAUAUGUUUUAGCAGACUGAUCAGAUUUGAUGGAACAUUAAUUCCCUAACAUAUAGAACAACAGAUAUCAGUUACUCAGUAAGUUUCCUACUUGUGAAAAAGAUUUUUAAAGAAAAAUCAUGUGCUUAAUGAUUGCAUUAAUUCACCAGCAUAACUAGUAUAUAUGACUUUGGACAAUCUUGGCAGAACAGAUCAUGUUUCUACUUUUGGUUAUUUGUAUUUAACCUUUUCAAUGAAUGUGUUUUAAUUUUUUUCUUUUAUUUUAGUGGGUAUGCCAAAAUUGUUUUUAUCAUAAAUGAUAAAUUGACACUUGUGUCUCUCCUUGGUUACCAGUGCUUAGAAAGCAUUAUUCAUAUUUUUAAUACCAUUACGUUGAAAUCAGGUUUAACAUGAAACAUGACUAUUUCCGACAAUGUAAAGCUAAGUAUUUGGAAUAGGCAUCCUUUUACACGUGACUUUCCUUUGACAUAUGGCACAAAUAAUGUACUGAAUGUUUAUACCUCAGUGUUGAAAAAUGUCAGAUUAAAGAUGUGCAUGUACUUUAAAGAAGGAAAUGUAUUUCUUUAAUGAAUUUAAAGUUAUCUUAAUUUAAUUUUACUACAUCAGCAUAGCACUCAUGUUAUUGAUGCACUCAUUCAAUUAAUAAAUAACACACACAUUACAUUUGAACGUUUAUGCUUUGAUGGUGGGCAUGUCUCUUUGGCAUGCAUUUCAUAAUAGCAGUUGUUUUUAACAUUCUGUGGUAUAUUAGGGACUAAAAACAUAAGUCUGUGCUUAAGACGGUGAUGAGUAGCUGGUUUUGAUUUCCAUAUUUUCCUUGUAGCAAUUUUUUUUCAUCUUAAUUGAAAAUAAAUGUAUAUUUUCUCUUUUAUGAUCUGUUCUAAGCAUUGGGUCAUAAUUUCACAGCUGAUCAUGUGAUUGUGCCAAACAUGUAAAAAUGUGGAAAAAGUGAACAGCUGAAGGUCUGAGGUUUUCCUGGAUUGCUGCAGAUGCUCAUUCAGGGGAGAAUUCCAUGUUCUAACCUGGAGAACUUAAAUCCUGUUUGUAAUUUUUUUCUUUCCAAUUAUUUUUUUGAGUUCAUUAGUUUCAGAUCUGGAAGUACCUGUAGGAUUGUAAAUGUAAAUUGCACUAUAUUAACCUGAGCCUGUUUAAUUUAAUAUAAAGAAUAAGUCAUAUCUUUAAAAAAACAUGCUGUUUGUUCAGGUAGAAGUGUUUUAACUUUUAUAGACAUUGCUGCCAGCUGUGCUUUGUAGCUUGGCUUUAAGAAAACAAGUUUGUUUUGUUUUUUUAACAGGUCUUUUCAUUUUUUUUUUUUUAUUGCUGAGCAAAUGUGAACAUGUGAACUGCUAUCACGUGGCUGUAAUAAUUUGUCAGUAAAGCUAACCUAACAUCUAAUAGGUUCUUUAUAUAUUGUUUUAAAUGUUUUAUAUUUUACAUAUUUUUUGUAGAUUACAUUGUAUA